AUGCUGGGGAAGAAGCCCGCGGGGAAGGGAGCGGGGCGCGAGGCCGGCUCGGACGAGCACAGCCCCUCCGGGGGGCGCGCCAGGCCCCCGUGCGCCAUCCUGGCCACCCUGCUCUCCGGGGUGGCCCUGGUUUCCUGUCUGUACCUCGGGGUGAAGACCAACGACCUCCAGGCGAGGAUCGUCGCUCUGGAAUCCGCGAAAGGGGCGCCUUCCUUUCCCCUGCUGCCCGAGACGGCGGAUCAGCUGAAGGCCAUCGUGCAGGAGAACGUGGAGCGGCUCCUGGCUCAGAAAUCCUAUGAACAUAUGGCUAAAAUAAGAAUCGCAAGAGAAGCGCCUUCAGAGUGCAACUGUCCAGCAGGUCCUCCAGGGAAACGAGGGAAGAGGGGCCGAAGAGGAGAAUCUGGUCCUGCUGGUCAACCGGGUCCGCAGGGUCCCCCUGGUCCAAAAGGGGAUAAGGGGGAACAAGGUGAUCAGGGGCCUCGGAUGGUGUUUCCUAAAAUCAAUCAUGGGUUUCUCUCUGCUGAUCAGCAGCUCAUUAAACGCCGCCUGAUUAAGGGUGAUCAAGGACAGGCCGGGCCUCCCGGGCCCCCCGGCCCCCCAGGGCCAAGAGGGCCCCCUGGGGACACAGGGAAAGAUGGCCCCCGAGGCAUGCCAGGAGUGCCAGGAGAACCAGGGAAGCCAGGAGAACAAGGCUUGAUGGGUCCCCUGGGGCCUCCAGGACAAAAGGGCUCCAUUGGAACCCCUGGACUUCCAGGCAUGAAUGGAGAAAAGGGUGAGCCUGGGUUGCCUGGAGCAGCAGGACAGAAUGGACUUCCGGGACUGAAGGGAGAACCUGGAGAGCAAGGAGAAAAGGGAGAUGCUGGAGAAAAUGGCCCCAAAGGUGAAGCAGGUGAAAAGGGUGACCCCGGAUCAUCUGCUGCAGGAAUUAAGGGAGAACCAGGAGAGUCUGGCCGUCCAGGGCAGAAGGGUGAACCAGGCCUUCCUGGGCUCCCUGGACUUCCGGGAAUAAAGGGAGAACCCGGCUUCAUCGGACCUCAGGGGGAACCAGGCUUACCAGGGUUACCAGGAACAAAAGGUGAACGUGGGGAGGCUGGGGCUCCUGGAAGAGGUGAGCGAGGAGAUCCUGGAGCUCCUGGACCCAAGGGGAAACAAGGUGAAACAGGAGCUAGAGGCCCGAAGGGGUCAAAGGGGGAUCGUGGAGACAAAGGGGACUCUGGAGCUCUGGGCCCAAGGGGUCCACCUGGGCAAAAAGGGGACCAAGGAGCCACCGAGAUCAUAGACUACAACGGCAACCUGCACGAAGCCCUGCAGAGGAUUACCACCCUAACUGUCACGGGCCCCCCUGGACCUCCUGGGCCUCAAGGACUACAAGGGCCAAAGGGGGAACAGGGAUCUCCAGGAAUCCCAGGAGUCGAUGGAGAGCAGGGACUCAAAGGCUCGAAGGGGGACACAGGGGACACAGGCAUGCCAGGUGAAAAAGGAGGAAUUGGACUCCCAGGAUUGCCGGGUGCCAAUGGAGUGAAAGGAGAGAAAGGAGACUCCGGUUUGCCAGGUCCUCAGGGUCCUUCUAUCAUAGGCCCCCCUGGCCCUCCAGGUCCCCAUGGCCCACCUGGCCCCAUGGGACCCCAUGGACUUCCUGGACCAAAGGGAGCAUCUGGCUUAGACGGGAAGCCAGGAUCCCGGGGUACAGAUGGUCCUAUGGGACCCCACGGCCCUGCAGGUCCCAAAGGAGAAAGAGGGGAAAAAGGCGCCAUGGGAGAACCUGGACCCAGAGGGCCCUACGGCCUACCUGGGAAAGAUGGAGAGCCUGGUCUUGAUGGCUUCCCUGGUCCACGGGGUGAAAAGGGAGACAUAGGUGAAAAGGGAGAAAAGGGAUUCCGUGGCGUUAAGGGGGAAAAAGGGGAGCCAGGCCAGCCUGGGCUGGAUGGGCUGGAUGCUCCUUGCCAAUUGGGACCAGAUGGAUUGCCCAUGCCUGGCUGCUGGCAGAAGUGAUGAAUCUAACCUUCCAAGCAUGAAGUUGUGUAUAUAACGGUCCACUCUCUAUAUUUAUAGUUGAAAACCAAAAUGCAG